AUGGCGCAGUAUCAGCUACCUCCUCAAUCCUUUACACCAGAUGUGACGACACCUCCCAAAGGCACCUUGCUGGCCAAGUACAAAGGUGCCCCGGUUACGUCUGUGCGGACGCCAGCGCUCUUUAUCGAUCAGGCGGUAUUCAAGAGAAACUGUGCAAGGAUGCACUCGAGCGUCAAAGCGUGGGGUGCCAGCUUUCGUGCUCACGUCAAGACGCACAAGACAGUAGAAGGGGUCAGAUUGCAGUUGCAGUCUGGGGCAGGUACGACGACAGCGGUCGUAGUUUCGACCAUCAUGGAGGCUUGGGAGAUUAUUCUCUACGGGCUUCCAGUGGCGCCUAGCAAGUUGGCAGAUCUUGCCAAACUCGAACACGCCAUGCAGACAGUCAAUCCCAAUGCGUGCCUUCGUCUGAUGAUUGACAAUAUAUACCAAGUUAGAGCUCUGGAAUCUUAUGGAGAAAAGGUCUGGUCAACGUUCGUCAAAGUCGACCAUGGUGGACAUCGCGCUGGACUUCCUGUGGGCUCGGAUGCACUCCGUGAACUCGUUACUACAAUGAUCGAAAGCCCCUCGGUGCACAUUCACGGAUUCUACUGCCACGCCGGCGACUCGUAUGCUUCGACAACACUUCACCAGGCAUCCUCAUUUCUAACGGUGGAGAUGCAUGCCGUAGACGCGGCUGCGACAAUGGCACUAUCUAUUCUAGAGGCUCGUCCGGAAAUCAAUUCGAGCAAGUACAAGAAGCCAUUCGUUCUAUCUGUUGGAUCGACACCAACUGCGCACACGACACACCUUGUCUCUUCACCUGCCGACGCUCUGGCACAAGAAUUUACGUCUGGAGGUGUCUUGGAGAUUCACGCGGGGAAUUAUCCCGUACGUGGCGCAUCGCGUGCUUGCGGUGUCAUUAGUGCGUAUCCCGCGCGUGGUGAAGGUGGUGUGGACGAGGCGAUGUGUGAUGCUGGUGGGAUUGCUAUGAGUCGGGAUACGGGACCCAGUGGUGGAUUUGGAGAUGUGGUGCCGUGGUGA